AUGCCCCUCGGAAUCAUCGAAGAUACCAAACUUGAGCAUGUGCCCGGUACGGCACCCCUGAGCGAACUCGGUCGUAUCGACACAGAAAUCUCAGGCAUCGACCCGUCACUCCUCAAGCAUGAUCCCAGCGGGACCAUCGUGCUUGUACCCCAGCCCUCGGACUCCGUCAAUGAUCCUUACAACUGGCCCAAGAGAAAGAAGUGGCUGUUCGCCAUCGCGUUCGCGUACGGUUGUGGAUGUGUCGGGGCUGUCGGUCCCCUUCUUGGUUCCGCAUUCGUUCCUCUCGCUGCAGAACUCAACGUCGAUCUCACUAGCUUUGUGUCCGGUGUUCAAGGCGGGUUGAUCUGUGCCAUUGCCGUCGCUAGUAUCCUCCUCAAUGGACUCGCGGUGAAAUUCGGCAAACGGCCUGUCUAUCUGAUCACUUCCAUCGGGUUGGCCGUGUCAUGUUUCUGGGCCGCUGCUGCAAAAUCGUACGCGUCUCUCGUCGCUGCAAGAGUUCUACAAGGUUUUUGUAUGGCGCCUAUGGAGGCAUUGGUGCCUGCGUCGAUUGCUGAUGUUUGGUUCGUCCAUGAACGUGGAUUUUACACUGCAUUGUUCAACCUCGGUGUCCUGGGCGGAAUCAAUCUUGGUCCACCUAUCGCUGGGCCCAUUAUUCAAUAUGGCUCGUACAAGAUAUGCCUUUAUGCCAUGGGCGGAGCAUUCAUCCUUCAAGUCCUCUUGACCUUCUUAUUCAUGCCUGAAACCGCCUUCAAACGUGAGGGAGCCCUGAAUAUCGACACUGGUGGGCAAAAUGUCACAAUCAACGAUAUCAAACAGUCCGUGGAACAAAUCGAGCGGUCAGAGAAAGGUGGAAACACAACCACCUCGCCACCAGCCUCGUCAGAGGAAACGAUCUCCUUCACCAGAGAAAUGCUCCCAUACUCCGGAUAUGUCAACCACGUUUCGCUCUGGAAAACACUUAUUCACCCGUUCCAGCUGCUCGGUUCACCUGCUGUUCUAUGGGCAACAUUACUCUUCACCACUUGUAUUUCCUGGUUGGUUGGCAUCUCUAUCACACUGUCGCAAAUCUUUUCUGCGCCGCCGUACAAUUUCUCCAUCAUUUCCGUCGGCGCCACAAAUCUAUCAUCCUUCGUUGCAUCACUCAUUGGUACGGCCAUCGCCGGACCUGCGAUUGAUGGUGUAGCGAAGCUAAUGUCGAGACUGAAUAAGGGAACGUUUGAACCUGAAUUCCGCCUUCCUGUCAUGGUCACCUAUGUUCUCUUUACCGCCACGGGCUUCUUCGGCUGGGGUGAAGCAGCAUAUCAACAAGACCCAUGGCCGGUCCCCGUUGUUGUAUGUCUUGGACUCAUCAACUUGGGCGUGCAGCUCGGUACAACAUCAGUCGUCACAUAUGUGGUGGACUGUCAUCGAGAACAAGCCGGUGAAGCAUUCGCCACCAUGAACUUCAUUAAGAAUUUCUUCGCCUUCGGUCUGACCUUCUAUCUCAAUGGUUGGAUCGCAAGUCAAGGUGUCAGAAAUGUCUUCUUUGUCAUUGGCGGGAUCACUAUUGGUGUUACUCUCUUGACAAUUCCAAUGUAUGUCUUUGGCAAGCGUGCCAGAAGCUGGGUAUUCCGACAUCAUGUCACCUCUUCACCCAUCCACGGGAAUUCGAGAAGGACGUGA